UUUUUCCCUCUUCUCUGUUCGCAUCCCUUUCGGGCGACCGUAAAUAGCAGCAUCUGCUUGAUGCGAGCGAUCCCCGUAUCGCCUUCUCUUCGGUCCUCUCGUCAAAUUUGGCAAAGCAAAGCAAGAAGAGUGGAGAAGCCCCCAAUCCAAUCCAACCCAACGCUGGGUUUGGGGAUCGUUUCUUCCCCAAAUUCCUGCCCGAUCGACGCCCUAGGGUUUCCCCAGUUCUCAUGAGUUUCCCCUUCCCCCGCCCAUGGCCGCCGCGUCUGUCGUCGUCGUCCGUGUCUUCCUCCUCCUCCUCAUCUUCCCUGAUAUCGACAACCCUCGGCUGGCGUCCGCUCUUGAUGCGACGGUGGCGGACGACGACGGGCCGUAUCGCAGUGAGCGGUUCUCGAUCCUGAGCUAUGAAUCCUUGUGGCACGACUACUCCCCGCCCGCCCCGCCGCCAUCGCCCCCUGACCCGCCUUCGUCUUCCUGCGAGGGCGACCUUGGCGGCACCGGCGACUUCAAUACCCUCUGCGAGCUCCACACCAGUGUGCAGCUGUCCAGCGACUUCUUUGCCAAGGCGCACGGCAGCUUCGUUCUCUACCCCGACGUGGUGCUCAGUUGUUCCGUCGCCGGGUGCUCCAUCGUCGUCAAUCUUACGGGGGAGAUCCGGAUCGGGCGGAAUGCCAAGAUUGCGGCUGGGACUGUCCGCAUGCAGGCGGGCAACAUGAGCCUCGCCGAGGGUGCGGCGAUUGAUACGGUAGCGCUGGCGGGGGAUCCGCCUCCCCAGACCAGUGGGGUUCCUACGGGGACUAAUGGGGAUGGCGGUGGGCAUGGUGGGAGAGGCGCUAGCUGCGUGGUGAAAGAGGGGCAGACACAGGAGGACUCCUGGGGAGGGGAUGCAUAUUCCUGGUCCACGCUGAUGAAACCUGACAACUACGGCAGCAAGGGCAGCUCGACAAGCACGGAGAAGGAUUAUGGAGGGGGAGGGGGUGGACGGGUUUACUUGGUGGUCAAUGAUGUGAUUGAGGUUAACGGUAGUAUUACAGCGGAUGGUGGUGAGGGUGGCUCUCUAGGUGGUGGAGGGUCAGGUGGGAGCAUCUUCAUCAGUGCGGCUAAAAUGAAGGGCACUGGAAAAAUAAGUGCUUCUGGUGGUAGUGGUUUGGCUGGUGGCGGAGGAGGACGUGUUUCUAUUGCAGUUUUUAGCUGGCAUGAUGAUCCACGUGUUUUUGUUCACGGUGGAAGGAGUUUUGGUUGCCCUGAAAAUGCUGGAGCUGCAGGGACUCUUUAUGAUGCAGUUCCCAAGAGCCUUAUAGUUAGCAACCAUAACUUGUCAACACAGACUGAUACACUUUUACUAGAGUUCCCUUAUCAGCCACUUUGGACUAAUGUUUUCAUUACAAAUUGUGCCAAAGUUGCUGUUCCUUUACUUUGGAGUCGCGUACAGGUUCAAGGACAACUUAGCCUUCUUUCUGGUGGUAUGUUGGCAUUUGGUCUGACUCGUUACCCUUACUCCGAGUUUGAGCUAUUGGCUGAAGAACUUUUGAUGAGUGACUCAAUAAUUAAGGUGUUUGGGGCUUUACGAAUGUCUGUGAAGAUGCUUUUGAUGUGGAAUUCGAAAAUGUUCAUUAAUGGUGGUGGGGAUGCAUUAGUUGCAACCUCAUUACUUGAGGCGAGUAAUUUGAUUGUUCUGAAGGAAUCUUCCAUGAUACAUUCUAAUGCCAAUCUUGGAGUUCAUGGUCAAGGCCUGCUUAAUUUAUCUGGACCUGGAGAUCUAAUUGAGGCACAACGUCUGAUAUUGUCACUCUUUUACAGCAUCCAUGUUGGACUUGGUUCUGUUUUGAGGGGUCCACUAAUAAAUGCGUCCGGUGAUGACAUGGCCCCUAGGCUGAAUUGUGAGGAAAAAGAUUGUCCUUUGGAAUUGAUUCAUCCACCAGAAGAUUGCAAUGUUAAUUCUUCAUUAUCUUUCACCCUUCAGAUUUGUCGUGUUGAAGAUAUUGAUGUUGCUGGACUUGUUCAAGGAACUGUUGUUCAUUUCCAUAGGGCACGAAGUGUAGUUGUGUCUCCUACUGGAAGAAUUAGUGCAACUGGUUUGGGCUGCAAAGGUGGUGUUGGGCGGGGAAAUAUAUUAGGCAAUGGUCUAGGUGGUGGUGGUGGACACGGUGGGAGGGGUGGAGAUGGCCGUUAUGGUGGAAGCAUUGUCAAGGGUGGCAUUGCUUAUGGAAAUGCUGAAUUGCCAUGUGAGCUUGGUAGUGGUAGUGGUAAUGACACUGUACCAUCCUCGACUGGUGGUGGUGGUAUCGUAGUGAUAGGGUCGAUGGAGCAUCCAUUGGUUAGUUUGUCUGUUUAUGGCUCAGUUGAAGCAGAUGGUGAAGACUUCAUGGAAGCUGGUGUCACUAUUGGCUCAUCUGAUGGAGGGCCUGGUGGUGGUUCUGGUGGUACUAUUCUUCUAUUUUUGCAUUCUUUGACCCUCAGUGAUUCUUCUAUCCUUUCAAGUGUUGGUGGGCAUGGCAGUCAAAGUGGUGGUGGAGGAGGUGGUGGUGGAAGGAUUCACUUCCAUUGGUCCGACAUUUCUACAGGGGAUGAAUAUCUUCCAGUUGCAACUGUGAAGGGAACCAUAAACACGAGGGGUGGCAUCAGCAAAGGCCAUGGUUUGGCAGGGGAAAAUGGAACACUUACUGGAAAAGCAUGCCCCAAAGGCCUGUAUGGAAUUUUUUGCGAGGAAUGCCCUCUGGGUACAUUCAAGAAUGUUACUGGAUCAGAUGAAACUCUAUGUUUCCAAUGCCCUUCUAAUGAACUUCCUCAUCGUGCUGUAUACACAAGUGUUCGAGGAGGUGUUGCUGAAACCCCUUGUCCAUACAAAUGUAUUUCUGAAAGAUAUCAUAUGCCACACUGUUACACAGCUCUUGAGGAGUUGAUAAACACUUUUGGUGGACCAUGGUUGUUUGGUCUUCUUCUUUCUAGCCUUCUUGUCUUGUUAGCCCUAGUUCUAAGUGUUGCACGGAUGAAAUUUGUUGGUACGGAUGAGUUACCUGGCCCUGCUCCAACUCAACAUGGGUCUCAAAUUGAUCAUUCAUUUCCCUUUCUGGAGUCAUUAAACGAGGUUUUGGAAACAAACAGGGUCGAGGAGUCACAAAGCCAUGUUCAUAGAAUGUACUUCAUGGGCCCGAACACCUUUAGUGAACCUUGGCAUCUUCCACACUCUCCCCCUGAACAAAUUACAGAGAUAGUAUAUGAGGAUGCAUACAAUAGAUUUGUUGAUGAGAUAAAUGCCCUUGCUGCUUAUCAGUGGUGGGAAGGUGCAAUCUACAGCAUUCUAUGUAUACUUGCCUAUCCACUUGCCUGGUCAUGGCAGCAGUGGCGGCGUAGAAAAAAGUUACAAAGACUGCGUGAAUUUGUUCGAUCAGAGUAUGAUCAUGCAUGCCUUCGUUCUUGCCGCUCACGUGCACUUUAUGAAGGGCUUAAGGUGGCUGCAACUCCAGAUCUGAUGCUUGGGUAUUUGGACUUUUUUCUUGGUGGUGAUGAAAAGAGGCCAGACCUUCCACCUCGUCUCCAUCAAAGAUUUCCCAUGUGUCUAGUCUUUGGAGGUGAUGGAAGUUACAUGGCUCCUUUUUCCCUCCACAGUGACAAUGUCCUGACUAGUCUUAUGAGCCAGGCUGUGCCACCAACAAUAUGGUACAGGCUGGUAGCUGGAUUGAAUGCACAGUUGCGCCUAGUUCGUCAUGGGCACCUUAAAGUGACAUUCAUGCCUGUCCUCAGCUGGCUUGAAACUCAUGCAAAUCCUUCUCUGAGACAGCGUGGUAUUUGCAUUGAUCUGGCCUGGUUUCAAGCUACUACAUUGGGCUACUGUCAACUUGGUCUUGUUGUUUAUGCUGUGCAAGGAGAGACAGAGACUAAUGCAAUUGAUGGUGGUUGUAGAACUUUGAAGGUCAAUCAGAUUUUGCGAGUUCAUAGCCCUCACAGGAACACAAAAGCUGGUAGUCUGAGGAAUAAAGAAGCUGUUACACGUAAAAGGAUAAGUGGAGGGGUUUUAGACAGUUACAGCCUAAGAAUGCUUGCAGAGAAAAAGGACUUAUUUUACCCUUUCUCUCUCAUUGUGCAUAAUACUAGACCUGUUGGGCAUCAGGAUCUUGUUGGUCUGGUCAUAUCAAUAUUACUCUUGGCAGAUUUCAGCUUAGUGCUGCUUACACUGCUCCAGUUAUAUUCGUUUUCCAUGGCAGAUGUCUUCUUAGUUUUGUUUGUUCUUCCUCUUGGUAUACUUUCACCAUUCCCUGCUGGAAUCAAUGCUCUUUUUAGUCACGGACCUCGACGUUCAGCAGGCCUUGCACGUGUAUAUGCUUUAUGGAACAUUACAUCUUUGAUUAAUGUCCUGGAGGUCAAGGAAGCAUCAUCUGAUGUGUCAAAGAAGGUACCCGAUAAUAAUUUGUAUUUAACAUAUAGCUGAUACUGGACAGCAAGUAUCCAGAAGUUUUCUUAUGCGUAACCAGGUAUAUUAAUUUCAUCUCUACCACCAUGCAAUUUCUGAACAUUGCAAUGAGCUACAUGAUCUUGAACCAAAUAAUUUGGUCAAACUGUAGCUUGAUACAACUCUUGAAUGCUUUAAUGCUGACAAGAGAAGCAUCUUUUGGAGGGUUUUAUUUUUCUGGCUAUUAGUAAAUAAUCUGCAUUUGCUUUAUCUGGGUGCCAUAGACUCCAUCAAUUGACAGAACAUGUGCAAUUCUUACAGUCCCCAUUAUCCUCUCUCUUCUUCGAAGAAACUAUCAUUACUGAUCCUUGUUUGCCUAAGCAACUGCAUCUCAUCUGUAAUCUCUGGUUAUUAAAAUUAAUGCCUGCUCGACAGAUCUGGUAGGGCUGAGCUGGAUUAGAAUAUCAAUAAUACUGACAUUGCAUAAAAGAGGAAAUUGGAUCUAUUUAACAAAUGAUGUAUUGAUUGUUCAUCUUUGUAAACAAGUUAAUCAGUGUCAACAAUCAGCACUUUAUUUUUCCAGAAACAAUCAUCACUUCAUUUUUUAAUUAAAUAAUUUCAAGCUUCCCCUAGAGGCCUAGAGAACAAAGAGGAAACCAAUAAUCUUCCAGUUCCAGAUCUAUGUAUCCACAUCAUAUCUGAACUCGUGUGAGUUAAAUUUUGUUCUAUCCAUGACAUGCUUUUACUUGACAUGUGAAUGGUCUUUGUUCUAAGUUUUGCCUUGAUAAGACCUAGUUCAUGUGGAGACCAACUCUUAUUUAUUUACAUGUGGAAUACAAAAUGUGGCUCCUAUAUUAUAUAUAGCACUUUUGUUCUCAGCUUAUGUGCUGUAUUCUCUGAGAAUAAGAGAAACAUAGGUCAGUUGUUAAGCCUUUUAUUAGGGUUGAGUUAUUCAGCUUAAGGCAGUUUGAUAUAUUUCAAUCUGUAACUUAUUAAUGAGCUUAGGACUGAUCAUUGGCUUAUAGAUUGUAUGGCUUUCUGACGUGAGAUUUCCUUAUGCCAUUACAGAUUAUUCAAUUAAUAAAUAAUAGGUCAACAAGUUAUUAGCAAUAAUUAUUGCAUGCAUCUUAGAAGAAUGUGUUAUCUAAAAUCUUUAGCUUCACUUAAUUCAUGGCACUUCAAAUAUCUUUUAUCCUUUGGUGUUUUUUUUUAAAUUUUGGGAAAAAGAUGCU